ACCGAAAAGCAAAACGUGCGAAAGCCGAUGCUGAUGCGAUAAUGAUUGGAUCUGAACUCAAAGCAUCUAGUAGUCGCACAUCAAACGAAGAUACGGAAAUGGCUAAUAGUGAACAUGGAAAUGAAGAAGAAAACGAAUCUACAGCAUAUGAAAUGCUGGUGAAGGACUCUUUACUGCAGCGAUGGUCAGAGGUGGACAAUGAGACUCUCAAAAAGUAUCUGACAAUAAUUGGGAAGGCAAAGGAGUUUCCUGAUGCGCAAGUGGUCAAUUUUCGUCAAGAUGUGAUAUGUGAUGCGGUCGUGGCUGCUUUUCAGGGAAACCAAGACAUGAUCUCAGAAGCAAAGAGUGCUUUCAAGACUGCCACAGCCCUUGCUGGAACGUCAUUGAAUUUUCUCAAGCAUCAGCAAGAACGACUGAAAAUUGAAAGUGAGAGUGAUUUGGAUCGUUUUCUUUCUAUCCUGUGCGCCAACGUCUUGAAGGAGUACUACAAGAGAACAAAGGAGCAAGCUCGAUCUCAAACGGUAUCGUCCGAAACCAAUGAUCGUAUGGUUCCUGUCAGCGCGAGACAAGGCAAUUUAGAAAUGCGACGGAUAACGAUAAGAGGAGAACACGAGAAUCUGAGUGGGUGGGUGGGUAGGGAAGAAGCGAAAAAUCAAGUAGAAGGAGUUGUUCGACGGAACUUUGGUCAGCGUAUGUCAACAGAUCAUGGCGAUUUUGCCUUUUUGGUUGCCACAGGCCAUGUGCGAAGCGGGAAAACGAGGACGGGCAUUGAGGUUCCUGACAUUGUGAAGAACUUCUGCGAUUCCGAGAAGGAACAUAGAUUCACAGAUGUAGUGUACUUGAAAAUUGAUUUUCUGAAUUUGGCAAGGUUCAACAGACAGUUCGACAGCCCAAAUCUUCCACCAAGCGAGUCACUUGGGGCUCGUAUGAUGAUAUCUUAUUUUGACACGAUGAUCUUGCAGCGAAUUAGCCACGAGGAAGCCAUGAAGAAGAUCCUUGACGAUGUACUGUCAACAUUUCCUGAAGGACAAAAGCGAAUAGUUCCGGUUGUGAUUCACAUUGAUGAACAUGCGAAGCAUUUUCAGGUGACAAUGGCCGGGGUUACUUUUUGGAUAUGCUGCAAUUGA